CUCGGACGCUCCGCGGGCAGGGGCGGGGCUGCGCUCUGCCCUGCUCUGCCACGGCACGGCUGGCCCCGGCCGCGCUGCUCUGGGGCUGCUUCGGCCCGUGGCGGCUGUGAGCGGCACGAAGCGUUAAGACGUCCGAGCUCCCUCCGCGCCCGGACUGCGCCGUUCCCCCCGGCGUCCUUCCCCGGGGCUCUGUUGUGAGCCGCCGCGCUGCUCGCUGUGCGCUACUGCCCCCCGUGAGGAUAUGUAAGAUGCCUUCAACCGUCUUGGCUCGAAGUGGCUGAGAACUGGACCUCAAGAUGAGAACUAACAAGGUGUACAAGCUCGUCAUACAUAAGAAGGGGUUUGGAGGCAGUGAUGAUGAAUUGGUGGUGAAUCCUAAAGUAUUUCUUCAAAUCAAGCUGGGAGAUGUUGUGGAAAUUGCACAUCCCAAUGAUGAAUACAGUCCCCUGCUUCUACAAGUGAAAUCACUUAAGGAAGAUUUGCAGAAAGAAACGAUAAGUGUGGAUCAGACAGUUGCGCAAGUGUUCCGCCUGCGGCCGUACCAGGAUGUCCAUGUCAAUGUUGUUGACCCAAAGGAGGUGACCUUGGACUUGGUGGAGCUGACAUUUAAAGAUCAGUAUAUUGGGCGUGGGGAUAUGUGGCGACUGAAGAAGAGUUUGGUCAGCACGUGUGCAUAUGUCACCCAAAAAGUCGAGUUUGCAGGUAUCAGGGCCCAGGCAGGUGAACUGUGGGUAAAGAGUGAGAAAGUCACUUGUGGAUACAUCAGUGAGGACACCCGGGUGGUCUUCCGCUCCACUUCUGCCAUGGUUUAUAUUUUUAUCCAGAUGAGCUGUGAAAUGUGGGAUUUUGAUAUUUAUGGGGAUCUAUACUUUGAGAAAGCUGUGAAUGGUUUCCUUGCUGACCUCUUCACAAAAUGGAAGGAGAAGAAUUGCAGCCAUGAAGUGACAGUGGUUCUAUUUUCAAGAACAUUUUAUGAAGCAAAAUCUAUAGAUGAAUUUCCUGAAACACAUCGUGCAUCGAUUCGGCAGGAUCAUGAGGGAAGAUUUUAUGAAGAUUUUUACAAAGUCGUAGUUCAGAAUGAGAGGCGGGAAGAGUGGACUUCGUUGCUUGUGACCAUUAAAAAGCUUUUCAUCCAGUAUCCUGUGUUGGUACGACUCGAGCAAGCAGAGGGCUUUCCUCCAGGUUACAAUUCUACCUCAGCACAAGGGAACUACCUGGAGGCUAUAAAUCUUUCAUUCAAUGUGUUUGACAAGCAUUACAUCAACCGGAACUUCGACCGCACCGGGCAGAUGUCGGUGGUGAUCACCCCCGGGGUGGGGGUGUUCGAGGUGGAUCGGCUCCUCAUGAUCCUGACCAAGCAGCGGAUGAUUGACAAUGGGAUAGGUGUGGAUUUGGUGUGCAUGGGAGAGCAACCCUUGCAUGCUGUACCGCUCUUUAAGCUCCAUAAUCGCUGUGGCCCUGGUGACUCACGAAUGGGUGAUGACUACAAUAUUCCACACUGGAUAAAUCAUAGUUUCUAUACAUCCAAAAGCCAACUCUUGUGUAACAGCUUCACUCCACGGAUCAAGCUGGCAGGAAGGAAGCCAUUGAUGGAAAAAGCAAAAAAUAAUCGUGAUGCCUCAUUAGGAGCACCAAAGGAUGCUGAGAAUGCCUUGCCUAUCCAGGUAGAUUAUGAUGGCUAUGAUGCCCAAGUGUUCCGACUGCCAGGCCCAUCCAGAGCCCAGCGCUGUACCACUUUCAGGUCUGUGAGGGAGAGGGAAAGCCGCACGAGGAAGAGCUCCAGCUCGUACGAUGUCUCGUGCAGCCCCUCCCUGCAGAGCCGCACGCUGCCCCCGGAAGAGGUGAGGAGCCAGGCUUCUGAUGACAGCUCUCUGGGCAAGAUCUCCAACAUCCUGAUGAUCCCGCGGCCUCACCUGCACCAGUGUGAAGUCAGCAGCUCCUUGGGCUAUACCAGCACCAGAGAUUUUCUUGAGAACACGCUGGAGUCGCAGCAGCGUGACUCCAGCGCUCCGGGGAGGUUCCAUGUGGGCAGUGCUGAGUCCAUGCUGCACAUCCGCCCGGGGGGAUACGCACCCCAGCGCGCGCUCAUCAACCCCUUCGCCCCGUCCCGCAUGCCCAUGAAGCUGACGUCGAACCGCAGGCGCUGGAUGCACACCUUCCCUGUGGGUCCCUCAGGAGAAGCUAUCCAGAUCCAUCAUCAAACCCGCCAGAAUAUGGCAGAAAUGCAGGGCAGCGGGCAGCAGGAUUUGACGCAUUCAUCUGCGGAGCUGCUGGAGCUGGCUUACCAUGAGGCAACUGGCAGGCACGUCAGCUCUCGGCAUCCAGGGGACAGUAGCUCCUUCCUGAGCUUCGGCGGAGCAGAGGAGUACGGGAACGGGCUGGGGGCCGGCCCCGGUGCAGAUGGAGGUGGUAGCUCAGAGCGAGUAAAUCCUGUUGCAAUUCCCGGUCUGGAUGGCAGAUGGCAGGAGGAGCUGGUCAAAGGGGUGAAUCUCAAAACUCAGAACAAGGAUGCCUUGGAAGAUGCUGUCUCUAAUUCUCCAGAUCCAAUUCUGACGCUGUCUGCUCCCCCCGUAGUGCCAGGCUUCUGUUGUACAGUUGGAGUGGACUGGAAAUCCCUCACUACUCCGGCCUGUCUCCCUCUCACCACGGAUUACUUCCCCGACCGCCAGAGCCUGCAGAACGAUUACACGGAGGGUUGCUAUGACCUGCUCCCAGAGGCUGACAUUGACAGGAGGGAUGAGGAAGGAGUGCAGAUGACAGCCCAGCAGGUAUUUGAGGAGUUUAUUUGUCAGCGUCUCAUGCAAGGCUAUCAAAUUAUUGUGCAAUCCAAACCACAGAAACCGGCCCCAGCCGUGCCACCCCCGCUCAGCAGCAGUCCCCUCUACAGUCGAGGUCUUGUGUCGAGAAAUAGACCUGAGGAAGAGGAUCAGUACUGGCUGAGUAUGGGCCGUACUUUCCACAAAGUCACCUUAAAAGACAAAAUAAUUACUGUGACUCGGUACCUGCCAAAGUAUCCAUAUGAAUCUGCUCAGAUAAACUACACCUACAGCUUGUGCCCCUCACACUCUGACUCUGAAUUUGUCUCUUGCUGGGUAGAAUUUUCCCAUGAGAGACUAGAAGAGUACAAGUGGAAUUACUUGGAUCAGUAUAUCUGCUCUGCUGGCUCAGAGGAUUUCAGCCUUAUCGAGUCCCUGAAGUUCUGGAGGACGCGGUUCCUGCUGCUGCCCGCCUGCAUCAGCGCCACCAAGCGCAUCAUGGAGGGGGAGGCGCACUGCGACGUGUACGGCGACAAGCCCCGCUCCGACGAGGAGGAGUGGCAGCUCCUCGAUGGCUUCAUCCGCUUCGUGGAGGGCUUGAACCGCAUCCGCCGCCGCCACCGCUCCGAUCGAAUGAUCCGAAAAGGGUCUGCCAUGAAAGGCUUGCAGAUUGCUGGUCCAAUUUCCACUCACUCUCUGGAGCAGUCUGGGCCUCCCAUUGGGAAAAAAGGAACCUCAGCACUCUCAGCUCUGCUGCAGAUGGAAGCCAGUCAGAAGACACUGGGGGAGCAGCAAGCAGCAAUGCUUUCUGGGAAGAGCUCUGGGCAGCCUUCGGAGAGUGGGAACAUUGCUAUCACACCCACCUAUAUGGACAGCCCUCGGAAGGAUGGGGGCUUCUUUAUGGAUUUUGUUCGCAGCCCACGCACAGCUUCAGCCUUCUACUCACAGGUCUCUAUCGAUCAAUCAGUUCCUGCAACCUCAGAUGGCAACAUGUUGAUAACCAUGGGGCAGGUCCCUGACAGGGGCAGCACCCAGGCCCUGGGAAGCACCCAGAAUGUUGCAGACCUGGGAUACAACACAGCUGGUGCUGCAGAGGGCAGCUCUCAGCAGUGUUCAACAAGUGCUCUGACUUCCUCCUCCACUUUGGUAGAGAUUCUUGAAGCCAUGAAACACCCCACCACAGGGAUCCAGCUGCUCUCUGAACAGAAGGGGCUCUCCCCGUACUGCUUCAUCAGUGCAGAAGUUGUGCACUGGCUGGUGAAUAAUGUGGAAGGGGUGCAAACCCAGGCCAUGGCCAUUGACAUAAUGCAGAAAAUGCUAGAAGAGCAGCUUAUUGUCCAUGCAUCUGGAGAAGCUUUACGAACCUUUAUUUAUGGCUUUUAUUUUUACAAGAUUGUUGUGGACAAAGAACCAGACCGAGUGGGGCUGCAGCAGCCUGCCAUGUGGCACACGGCUGCCAUGGAUGACUUCUCCACCUUCCAGAGGAAAUGGUUUGAGGUGGCCUUUGUGGCAGAAGAGCUCCUGCACUCAGAAAUCCCGGCGUUCUUCCUGCCCUGGCUGCCCAGCCGCCCAGCCUCCUAUGCAAGUAGGCACAGUUCCUUUAGCCGCAGUUUCGGAGGACGGAGCCAGGCAGCUGCACUCUUAGCUGCCACAGUGCCCGAGCAGCGCACGGUGACGCUGGACGUGGAUGUGAACAACCGCACGGACCGGCUGGAGUGGUGCAGUUGUUAUUACCAUGGCAAUUUCUCCCUCAAUGCUGCCUUUGAAAUCAAGUUACACUGGAUGGCAGUGACUGCAGCUGUUCUUUUUGAGAUGGUUCAGGGUUGGCAUCGGAAAGCCACCUCCUGUGGGUUCCUGCUGGUCCCAGUCCUGGAAGGCCCCUUUGCUUUGCCCAGUUACUUGUACGGGGACCCACUUCGAGCUCAGUUGUUCAUCCCACUCAAUGUGAGCUGCUUGCUGAAGGAGGGGAGUGAGCAUUUGUUUGAUGGCUUUGAACCAGAAACAUACUGGGACCGAAUGCAUCUGCUCCAGGAAGCAAUAGCACACAGAUUUGGAUUUGUACAGGAUAAAUAUUCAGCCUCUGCAUUCAACUUCCCAGCAGAGAACAAGCCCCAGUAUAUCCAUGUCACAGGGACAGUGUUUUUGCAGCUGCCAUAUUCCAAGCGGAAGUUUUCUAGUGGGCAGCAGCGGCGCCGGCGCAACUCCACCAGCUCCACCAACCAGAACAUGUUCUGUGAGGAGCGCAUUGGCUACAACUGGGCCUACAACACCAUGCUGACCAAAACCUGGCGCUCCAGUGCCACUGGCGAUGAGAAGUUCGCAGACCGGUUGCUGAAAGACUUCACAGACUUUUGCUGGAACAAAGACAGCCGGCUUGUUAUGUUCUGGACUGAUUGUCUGGACAAGAUGCAUGCUAGUGCUCCGUGAAUAGGGUUGUAUCUCUUAGGGAGACAGCUAGAAGCUUUACCUUGUGGCAAGGAAGUAGAAGUGAAGAGUCUCUCUGUUGGAUUCAUAUUGAGGCUCCAAGAGGACCUGAGCAAUAUUGCUGUUGAUAUUCAACAGAAUUUGAUUAAGUGCUUGGAAGAGAAGAAUUUGAGCUCUUGGCUUGCCAGGAUCUAUCACCUGACCUCAGCUUGGUUUCAAGUAUCUACAGUCAUUGGUUGCCAAAACUUAAGUUAGAGCAGAGAUAAAAGAGGGAGAGUGCAAAUGGUUUUCAAGGGCAGUUGGAUUCAGCACAGUGUGAUGGUAUCAGCUUCCAGUCAUUGGAAAUGAUCGGUACCAUUGGCAUCUGAUGUGCCUGGCAGCAGCCUGCCCCUCCCCCUUCCAAGGUGUACCUGAUUGUGUGAAUAUGUAAGAUAAGAUGUAAGAGAUGGUUAUUAAAUUUUCCUACAUGUAAAUAAGUAAAAUGCAGAAAAUGAA